AUGUCUACCAAAGCCCUGGAGGCUGAGAUCGACUCCCGCAAGUACACACCGGCACACGUAUCUACCAAAGCCCUGGAGGCUGAGAUCGACUCCCGCAAGUACACACCGGCACACAUAUCUACCAAAGCCCUGGAGGCUGAGAUCGACUCCCGCAAGUACACACCGGCACACGUAUCUACCAAAGCCCUGGAGGCUGAGAUCGACUCCCGCAAGAACACACUGGCACACGUAUCUACCAAAGCCCUGGAGGCUGAGAUCGACUCCCGCAAGAACACACUGGCACACGUAUCUACCAAAGCCCUGGAGGCUGAGAUCGACUCCCGCAAGUACACACCGGCACACGUAUCUACCAAAGCCCUGGAGGCUGAGAUCGACUCCCGCAAGUACACACCGGCACACGUAUCUACCAAAGCCCUGGAGGCUGAGAUCGACUCCCGCAAGUACACACCGGCACACGUAUCUACCAAAGCCCUGGAGGCUGAGAUCGACUCCCGCAAGAACACACUGGCACACGUAUCUACCAAAGCCCUGGAGGCUGAGAUCCACUCCCGCAAGAACACACUGGCACACGUAUCUACCAAAGCCCUGGAGGCUGAGAUCGACUCCCGCAAGUACACACCGGCACACGUAUCUACCAAAGCCCUGGAGGCUGAGAUCGACUCCCGCAAGUACACACCGGCACACGUAUCUACCAAAGCCCUGGAGGCUGAGAUCGACUCCCGCAAGUACACACCGGCACACCUAUCUACCAAAGCCCUGGAGGCCCCAGGCUUACAGUGCAAGCGGAGGCAGCCGAUUCCGACGCAACGGCUGGACACCAUUCUUGACACCCCUCUCGGAUUACGGAAACAAAAAGUGGCCUCGAACAUGCCGGCACACUUGCCAAUCUCUCAGCAGAACCUCGAGGUGCUGUCGAAGAAACAGGGUAUCGGCCCCAGAGUGUACAACUAUGCAAAGCGUCUGGUAGUGGAGCUUGCAGACGGCGAUGUUGCGCAGAUCCACGAUGGAAUUAUGAUGGUGGCAACCGCAAGGGUUCAAAAGGAGUGCGAUCCGCGGUUUGAGAUUCUGCCGGCGGACCAGGCAAUCAAACUUCCACUGUACGCCGUGCCUCUGAGCCAGGUCGUAAGCCUGAGACCACAUACCAAGGAGUCCUUUGCUGAUGCGGUUCUACUCAUCCUCCCGGUGUGUUUGGGCGCCAGGCAGGUGUGGCGCUGGCACAGCGGUCAUUGGGAGAUUCUGGAGACCGUGGCAUUCGUACGUGGCUUCGCAGUUCUUCGCUUGGAACAUUUUUGCAAGAUUGCACCUGAAUACAGUUACACGGAUCGCGCGUCCCUGGUGCAGUACAUCCAGGACUCCGACAUCAAACUAGUGAAGGGCAGCUAUUUUCUCGACUUGCAGAGGGCAGGCCGCUCGCUCCCCAGGCGUCAAGAUGCACCUGCUGAUGCCUUCGUUGCAAACCCGGCUGAUUGUGACGUGAUCUAUGCUGUAUCCCAUGCAUGGGAAGCGAAGGAGCACGCUGACCCGUUUGGCCAGCAGCUGCAGCUUCUCGCGGACUUCGUGCAAGAAAACGGCACUCGCAACUCUGGGUUCUUCUUCGAUCAGACCUCGAUCUAUCAGUUCAGGCGCUCUCCCGAGCAAAAUGAAGUCUUCAGCCGAUGUAUGCGGAACAUGCAACUGCUUUAUGCGCAUCAAUCAACAAUCGUUCUGCGUAUCACGGAGCUGGCAGACGAAGCUGUCCAGCAGACACGCAGAUAUCGCGAAGUGCCAGUUUAUGAUCAGAAUUUGUUCCUACCUCAGAACAAGAGCGCACAUAAGCUGGAGCAGAAUAGAGUUCCUUACCACCAGCGCGGGUGGUGUUCUGCCGAAACACAGUGGGCAGCGUGUGCCAACAGCAUUACGCUGUCUCUGCCCGUGCGUCUCGACGAUCAAGGGCGACCCAGAGAAAGGACUGGAGUGGCCCCUAUGCGACCUCGCGAUUUCGAAGCGCUCGCUGCAGGGCUACGCUUUACACACCGCGAUGCCGACAUGAGCCCAGUGGUCACUCUUCAGAAAGAGGUCUAUCAACGGUUAGCUUCAAGCUGCGAAGAGCUCACUCUGGCACACAUGCCUGCAGCACAAAUGCUUAUACUGGCAGAUUCUUUGGGCGACAUGAUGCACUUGCGAAGGCUUAGCUUGAAGAACUGUGAGCUGACAGUCGACGGCAUGGAGAGGCUGGCACGCAGCCUGGGGGGCCUCACAGCUUUGAGCAUCGAGCACAGCUGCUGCAGUGAUGGGGUUCUCCGCGCGCUGAUGGAGGAUAUGCAACAGGGAGCUCUUCUGGAAGAGCUUGAUCUACGCAUGAAUGAAGUCGGGCAGAGCAUGGCUGAGAUUCUGGCACAGGUGCAGAUGCCCGAGCAUCUGACGACGAUCAAGUUAGACCACGAACGCAUCGCUCGCAUCUAUGAUGACCUUCAGGAGGUGGGUGCUCCGAAGCAAGGGCGUGACGCUGAUCACGACAUCGUGAAUUUCACCAUGAGUUUCCAGAAUGUACAGGGUGUUCAACGAGAGCUGUUCAAAGCAAGCGCUCUCCACACCACAGGAAAGGUGAGUGAGGACAAUGUCACACUUUCUGUGAUCAACAUCCUGGUCUUUCUGGCUUUUGUGCUGGAGGAGACCCUUAUGUGCUGGGUCGUGCACGACUAUCUCUUCUCCCUCCGUUUUUUCAUGGACUCUUGUGCCACUCUGAGCAUCCUUGGAGACACCGCGAUCGUCGCGGAGAUCAUCAACACGGAUGCAGCGGUGGCCAUGAGGAGUUCGGGCGUCUCGCGUGCGAUGCGCGGCGCCGGCAGAAGCACCCGCUUCAUUAGUAUUCUUCGGGGCCUCCGCGUGUGGCAGAUCCUUAAGCUGCUGCCGCGGCUGCAGCGGCUGACGGCCAGCAGCACGCGGAAGCUCGCCAUGCUGAUGUGGCAGAAGCGCAUGCAGCACGUCAUGGGCUACAUCGACAAAGAGGGUGCAGGCGAUCUUUCAGAAGAGGACUUCGACUUCUUCACUGCGGCUCUGAAGCUGGAGUUUCCACCACCUCGGGAGGAGGCGGGCUUCCUGAGCUCUCUCGUGGAUGGGCUGGCCGAGAGCGGCUACGCCAACUUAGCCUUUCCGGGGCGGAACAAGGUCAGCCCCUUCAGCCGGUCUUCUUCACGCCGAGUUUCGGACCUGGACCUCGGUCGCUACGUCAUCCAGAUCCGGGCGAUCUGGGAAACGGACAACGGAAAGCGGGCGUUCAAGCGGUGCUUGGACGACGUGACCACGAUGAAGGAGUCGUGCACGGUUCUCUACCAGUCGCUUCUGCGGCUGAUCCUCAAAAUCUGCAUCCUCGUGCUGGCACUCCUGCUCAUGCUUCAGCUGCUCAACGGUUCGAUUCCGGAGCAGGCGCGCAGGCAAGGGCUCCAGCAGCUGCAAGCCGUGGCUCUCGAAGCACCGAAUUCGUCCGCGACGGCGGACCUCCUCUGCCAAAUGGUUGAGACGUCCUAUGCUUAUUCCUUCGAGCGCCAUUCACUGCUCCUGCUGGUGAUCGAUCAGCGUGUUGUCUGGGAUACGACGGCGACGAAUCCAUGCUCCAACUCCAGUGGCGGAUUUAACUUUCGCAAGCUGGGAAGUGUGGAAGAGGCAGCGGUCCUCUUCGAAGAUGUCAUUGACGGCACAGGUAAGGAGCGGCACGAGAUGCUGGUGGAUCAAGCCGAGGAUCUUAGCUGGGAGACGAGCGCCAUCUUCGACCAGCACCAGCAGGUUCGCUGGGAAGCGGGAGAGAGUCUCAAGUACUCCCUUUCGGUUGUUGCGAUGCUGGCGCUACUGAUGCUCUACUUCUCUGCUGACAUCAUGCACAUGUCGAGCCAGAACUGCCUGCACCCUCUCUGGGAUCUAAUGGACGACAUGAACGCUAUGAAGCUGAUAGAGCUUAUCACGGCGACGAACAUCAAGAAGAUCGAUCAAGACAUCGGGGUUACGCAGCUGACCAGGAGCCGUUGCAAGUGCAAGCCAUUUGCGCCCGUGCCGGUCGCCCAGGAGUUGUUGGGAUUGCGGAAGUCGAUGAGCCUCUUGGAAUCGGCCAUGAUCGCCUGGUCCAAGUACGUCCCAGUGAUCCUCCUCAAGCAGGUGAUGAAUGCCGGUGUGGAGGCCAACAUUGGAUGCAUUCCGACCCAGGUUAGCAUCUUCUUCUGUGACAUAAAGGGCUUCAAGGAGAUCUGCACGGGGAAGACCCCUAAGGAGGUGCUUUCUUUGCUCGACGUGGUCUUGGAAGGCGUGAACCAAGCUCUUGAGCAGAACGGAGGGACGCUGCUGGAAUUUAUCGGCGACGAGGUAGUUUGUGACGCGCGAGGGUCAGCUGACAAGCUUGCGGAUUGCAUGUUUGUCGCUGCUUGCCUGUUGGUCCUUUCUGCAUCUGAUGUGGUGUGCAAGCUGAAACGUUGUUUGGUUGAUGAAACCGACCUUCAAGGAAGUGCCGUCUGA